AUGGCUUCUGAAACAUCAUCAUCAUCAUCAUCAGAUUCAAAAAAACGUCGAAUAAUGAUUAUAACUGCUGAUGAAACUAUAAUUGAACAAAUUCAAAAGAAUAGCAAUACAACAUUAUUUAAAUCAAUUGUUUUGGAUUCUAAUGGUGAUAAUAUGGAAUUAGCUAAUUCACAUAUUAAAGAUAUUCUACCUGAAGUUCAAUCAUUAAAUAAUAAGAAAACAAAAACUGGUACAUUAACAUGUGUUGUUUGUGGUUCACCAGCAAAUGGAUAUAAUUUUGAUGCAAUAUCAUGUGAAAGUUGUAAAGCUUUUUUUCGUCGAAAUGCUCUUAAAGAUCCAACAACACUUGAAUGUCGUCGUAAUGGUAAUUGUGAUAUAACACUUGAAACACGUCGUCGUUGUUCAGCAUGUCGUUUAAUAAAAUGUCUAAAUAAGGGUAUGAGACGUGAUCGACUUUUAACGGUUGAACAGAAAGCAGCAAAACGUCGUAAAAUUGAAGAAAAUCGAACAUUAACCUUAAAAACAAAUGAAAAUAGUCAAAAUUUAACAUCAGAAAUUAAUCAAGAAAAAUCUCCAUUAUUAUCAUCACCAAUUAUUGAUCAUUCACCUAUAUCACAAGGUACAAAUCUUCUUCUACUUAAUGAUUAUACUGAUCUUUUACCAAAAACAACAUUACAUGAAUCACGAUCAUUACUUAGUGCAGAAGAAUUACAACGUGUAGAAACAAUACAAUUUUCAUUUGAACAACGUAUUGAACUCGGUUAG